AUGCAGGUCGUCGUCCUGUUCGUCUUUUUCGCUACGUGGUCGGCCCUCCUGUUCGUCCACUUGUCGCCGGCGGACGCAGCGAGCAUCCCGACCCAAAGACAGUCCGACAAACAGUCCGGGCCUUUUUCGCCUCUGCAGCCAGAAGGACGCGAUAUUCGGUUGAACCGGGCGGUCCACUGGCUGGCCAACCGCGAAGCCGUCGUUGGCGGUGAACCUGAGACCACGCCCCCACCCAGGGAGCCCGGCAAGCGAAGCAAGGGACGGUCGAGGACCUCGAGCGCCUGUUACGUCGAGCAGGCGCACGCCGCAAGCAGCUCGACGCAGUCCUCGGCGGUCGAAGUGGGCGCAGAUGGCGUCGUCACAAAAGCGACGAUAGCCGCCAGUAUCGGCGCCGGCGGCGCAGGCAACGGAAGAGGCGCUCCUUGUUUCCCGGCCCUCGACUUCCAGAUGCCCCACGAAGAGCCAGACUCGCUGGACGGGUGGUGGUGUUCGCAGCAGGACGAGUACGCCUUCCUCGGUUUCUCCUACGGCACGUUCGACUGCCCGUCGGCCAAUCAGAUCCGCAGCGACUUUGGAAGGAUGCGCAACGACUACAGCAGCCGCUACGUGCGGAUCUACUCGGUUUGCGAUCGCGAGGGGUUCCAGGAUGACCUGAUCAACGCCGCAUGGGAGCACGGCCUCGGCCUUCACAUGCUGCUGUGGUUUGGCUUUGAUGGCGGCGACGUCUGGAAGACCCGCAAGAGGACGCUCAUGCAGGCCAUUCAGUACAACCCCAGGGCACCCUUCGUGGUGCGCGCCGUCGUCGUGGGCAGCGAACCGCUGUACGACUGGGCCCUGGACCCAGACAGCCUGGCUGUACAGAUCCGGGACUUCAGGCAGCAGCUAGCCCCCUGGACCCAGCGAGGCGAUACUGGGAUGCAGGUGACGUUGUCCGACCUUGCUUACGGCUUUCAGCUCCACGACGACGCUCCCCAGGUAUUUGCUGCCGUCGACGUCAGCGAGGCCAACGUGCUACCUUUUCUGGAUCCCAAGGGAACCACGGGCGACAAGGCCUUCACGCUGGUGAAGCGCGACUACGAGUACUUUGCAUCUCGCAAUAGCGGCAAGAAGGUGUACAUGACCCAGACUGGCUGGCCCUCGGACGACUCGGUCUUCAAGCCCAACUCGAAAGACGCCGUCGCGAGCGUGGCCCAGGAGCGAGCCUACUUCGAGAUGCUCGACGAUCAAUGUCCCUGGAUGAAAGGGCUCAACCAAGGCGGCGUGGGCUGGUUCGCGCACAUCUGGAGCGACGCAAUGCUGCCUGGUUGGGGCGUCAUUGGGUACGAUGGUCGCCCCAAGUUCAGAUUUGCUCCGAGAACCACUUGUUGA